ACAGAGAGAGACAGAGAGAGAGAAUACAGAGAGGGUGGAAAAAAAAAAAGGCUAAAGUGAAGAGACGCAACAUGAAAAAUGUACAGACACAGACAGAGAUAGAGAUAGACAGAGAUCUGAGUUGAAGAAUCGAGUCCGAGACUGAGUCAGAAGUAAUGGCGGAGUAAGUGUACACAGCAUACUCACCGUUAGAUCUCGUCUUCCAUUUCAUUAUCUAACGUCUGAUUGUUUUCCCUCUCUCUUUCUCUACCUGAAAAUUUUUUAAUCUAAAUCAAUCCUAACCUUCACUGACUACUAAGUCGCUCGAUCUCUUUCAAAUUCGCCUCCUCUCUCAGAAUUGAGCUCUAUAGACGCUGAAGUGCAUUCUGUGGAGCUCAAAGUCAGGAAAUUGAAGUAUGAUAAGAUUGUUUGAGAGCUGAGAAAACGAAAGAAAGUUGAAGAAUAUGAAGAAGAUAAGACAUUUUUUUAGUCUUUUCAUUGAAGUUGUGUGAAUCUUAAUCUUUUCUUAUGUUAUUGAUUUAUUUCCAAGGGCUCUUUAAGUUCUUGCAGUUCGAAUUUUUAUAACCCUAAUCUUGAUAUUUAGGAUAGGGCUUGUUACCUUUUAUGGUUUGCUUUACCGAAUGGGAGGAAUUAUUGUUUAAAAGUGGAGUUAGAAAGUGAAUUGGGGGAAAAUACAAUGGAAGAUUUUUCCAAAUAUGUCCAUAGUCCUGCUCAUUUGGCAGUUGCUCGGCGUGACUAUGCUUCCCUGCGGCGCAUUAUUGCUAACCUUCCACGGCUUGCCAAGGCUGGGGAGGUUAAUACUGAAGAGGAGUCUCUAGCUGCUGAGCUCCAAGCUGAUGCUGUCUCGGCUGUUAUUGAUCGCCGGGAUGUUCCGGGACGUGAAACACCUUUGCACCUUGCAGUCAGGCUCCGGGAUCCAAACUCUGCAGAGAUUUUGAUGGCGGCCGGGGCAGAUUGGAGCCUUCAGAAUGAGAAUGGUUGGAGUGCUUUGCAAGAAGCUGUUUGCACAAGAGAGGAGUCAAUAGCUAUGAUUAUUGCUAGGCAUUAUCAGCCUCUUGCCUGGGCAAAAUGGUGUCGAAGACUUCCACGUAUUGUUGCCUCAGCAAAUCGUAUCCGUGAUUUUUACAUGGAGAUAACCUUCCAUUUUGAGAGCUCAGUCAUUCCGUUUAUUGGUCGCAUUGCCCCAUCUGAUACUUACCGCAUUUGGAAGCGUGGAUCCAAUCUCCGUGCAGAUAUGACUCUUGCUGGAUUUGAUGGAUUUCGCAUUCAACGGUCGGACCAGACAUUUCUUUUUUUGGGGGAGGGCUGUACUUCAGAGGAUAGUAAUGUAACUUUGCCACCUGGUUCUUUGAUUGUUCUUUCCCAUAAGGAGAAAGAAGUCACAAAUGCUUUGGAAGGGGCAGGCGCACAGCCAACGGAAUCAGAAGUUGCCCAUGAAGUGGCCUUGAUGUCUCAAACUAACAUGUAUCGUCCUGGCAUAGAUGUCACUCAGGCUGAGCUUGCUCCCCACCUGAAUUGGAGGCGACAAGAGAGGACUGAAAUGGUUGGAAAUUGGAAGGCCAAAGUUUAUGAUAUGCUCCAUGUGAUGGUUAGUGUGAAGUCAAGACGGGUUCCGGGUGCCAUGACUGACGAAGAGCUCUUUGCUGUGGAAGAUGAAGAAAGGUUGGCAAAUGGUGGUGAUAAUGAUGAGUAUGAUGAUGUAUUGACAGCUGAGGAAAGGAUGCAAUUGGAUUCUGCACUUCACAUGGGGAACUCUGAUAGUGUUUGUGAGGAUGAUGAACAUGGGGCCCCUGGCUCUCAAGAAAAUGGUUCAGGAGGUUCCUAUGAAAAUGGUGAAUCUGAUAGUGCUGCUAAAGAAAAGAAGAGUUGGUUUGGCUGGAACAAGAAGGCCACCAAAAAUAACAGUGAUGAUCCGGAGGAUUCGAAACUCUUGAAGAAAUUCUCAAAGUUGGCUCCUGAAGGUAGCAACAAGAAGCCAGUUGCUAAUCAAAGACCUUCAUCUGAACAUCAGAGGGAGGAUGUGAGUGAUAUAAAGAAGGGAAAGGACAAAAGCAAUAAGAAGAAAAAGAAGAAGGGACCCAGUGGUGAAUCUAAGAAUGAGAGCGAAUAUAAAAAGGGUUUGAGGCCUGUCCUCUGGUUGACACCAGAUUUCCCUUUAAAAACAGAUGAGCUCCUGCCUUUACUUGACAUAUUAGCCAACAAAGUCAAGGCUGUAAGGAGACUUAGGGAGCUUUUGACCACCAAGCUACCUCAUGGAACAUUUCCUGUCAAGGUUGCUAUCCCUAUUGUUCCAACUAUUCGGGUUCUUGUUACUUUUACAAAAUUUGAGGAGCUGCAGCUGCCAGAGGAGUUUUCAACCCCUCUCUCCAGCCCAACACAUUUCCAGGAUUCCAAGUCAAAAGAACCGGAAGGAUCCUCUUCUUGGAUUUCAUGGAUGAAAGGGAGUCGUGGUGGCCAAUCAAGUGAUAGCGAUAGUCACAGGUAUAAGGAUGACAUUGAUCCUUUCCUUAUACCAUCUGACUAUACCUGGGUGGAUGCCAAUGAGAAGAAGCGCCGCAUGAAAGCCAAGAAAGCUAAGAACAAGAAACACAAGAAACAGACAGUGGCAGCCAAAAGUGGUGACGCGGUACAUCAGACAAGUGAAGAAGUGGAAGAAUAAUCACAUAGGAAAACUCUUUGUACUUUUCGGCGGUGGUGAUGAUGGGGGACAUCAGUUAGAUGAAGAUUUGAAAGUUAGUUGCACAGGAAACCUCUCUAUCCCGUUGAGUUUCAAGGUACUUUGUGGUGAAAGGGGGAGGUAAGGCUGCUCCCCGUGCCCAUCUGACAUCUAUUCUUACUUUUAGGACUGUCUGGUAGUGGAUUUACAGAUAAUGUUUACAUGAUCACUUGUUGUAUUGUCAUGUGAUGUGAAAUUGGAGAGGAUCAGAGUCUCCUCGGUUUGUUAAUUGUUUGUUUUCCAUAUUAGUCUUUCUUAGACGCAAAAUUGUUGUAUCUAUUUGAUAAUUAUCAAAUUUAUCCUUUUUCAUUAUUGUAGCUAA